AUGAUUUUAAAAAUUUCGAUAGGAAAAAGAAAUAAUUCUGUUGCUUCUUAUUACCAUACCCUCGUACCCGAAAGUUUCGAAUUUAUCGUAUAUCAUCUCGGACAUCAUCCCGAAGUGGUACAACGGUUACGACAAGAAUUUGAUGAAGUUCUUGAAAAGAACGUUACAAAACCCAUAACGCAUAAUGAUAUCGAUAAAUUACAAUAUUGCGAUGCAGUUAUUAAGGAAGUAUCUCGUCAUUUUCCUGUAAAUUAUUCACUUGACCGUGUAAAUGUUGAAAAAGAUACGAUUGGAGGAUAUGUUUGCUCAAUAAUGAAACGAAAAGAUUAUUGGACUGAUCCUGAAAAAUUCGUUUCUGAUGGUUUUUGAUGAUAGUGAUAAAUAUUUUCUUGAAAACAACACGUUAAAAAUGCUUUCUCAAUUUUUGGAGGUGGAAUUAGAGCCUGUCCUGGAAGAAAAUUAGCAAUGAUAGAAUUAAAAUGUUUAUUAACCUUAAUUUAUAGAAAAUAUGAUAUUGAAUUGGCUGAUCCAAAUGCACCACUUAAUUAUAUUCUGCUUUACUUACAGUUUGUAAAGAAUUAUUUGUUAAAGUUAAACCAAGAAAAUUUUAAAACACAAAUAAGGAUUUAUGUAUUGAAUAUAGUAUUUGUUUAUUA